GCCUCAUGUGCUAAGAACACGUUGUGCCUUUUGCUUUGGUGAUAGAAUGCUCCACCCACCUAUGUACCGUGCAACUUGCAAGAGCCAAAGUCUCUCUUUCUGCCUCAACCCACCUCCUUCAACGUUUUCACACUUUCUUUCAAGUGGCAAGUGUGUAUUCGACAAAAAGACAUGUGGCAUUUAUAAAGCGCCGUCAUCCGUCUGCAUACAAAUCCCCGUCUUGGUUGAGCUGGUCACCUUGCGCCGUCGCAAUCGCAUGGUUGGUUUACAGAGAGCAGCUAUUCCGCCCUCGCACCCGCUGAUUUGAACGCCGAGUCAAGAAGGCAGCACCCCGCGUCCACCCACUACUAUGGAGAAUGCCUCUGCGAAGCCAGCACAGGACGUACUGGCCCAUUUCGAUGUCGAUGCGCAGAAAGGUCUCACUGACAAGCAGGUCAUUGAUCUGAGGUCCAAGCAUGGCAGGAAUUCUAUUCCGGAAGAACCCCCGACCCCUUUAUGGGAGCUCAUUCUGGAACAAUUCAAAGAUCAACUGGUUCUCAUCCUUCUCGGGUCCGCCGCCGUCUCUUUCGUGUUAGCUCUCUUCGAGGAGGAUGAAGGGUGGAGCGCAUUUGUUGAUCCUGCAGUCAUUUUGACUAUAUUGAUUCUCAAUGCCGUCGUCGGUGUCUCCCAAGAAAGCAGUGCCGAGAAGGCUAUUGCCGCCCUUCAAGAAUACUCGGCCAACGAGGCCAGCGUCAUACGGAACGAUGGGCUUAUUUCGCGCAUCAAGGCAGAGGAGCUCGUUCCUGGCGACAUCAUCUCCAUCUCCGUUGGCGACAGGAUUCCUGCCGAUUGCCGACUCACCUCCAUCGAGAGCAACAGUUUCUCUGUUGACCAGGCUAUCCUAACAGGGGAAAGCGAGAGUGUUAGCAAGGAUCCCACAGCGGUUGUCAGCGACGACAAGCCUGUUCUACAGGACCAAGUCAACAUUCUUUUCUCGGGUACAACUGUUGUCACUGGACGCGCUACCGCCGUGGUUGUCCAAACCGGCUCGAAUACUGCUAUUGGUGACAUCCACGAGAGCAUCACCGCCCAGAUAUCCGAGCCCACGCCGCUGAAGCAAAAAUUGAACGACUUCGGUGACUCUUUGGCCAAGGUCAUCACUGUUAUCUGUGUGCUAGUUUGGCUCAUCAAUAUUCCCCACUUCGCGGACCCCAGUCAUGGAAGCUGGACCAAGGGCGCCAUCUACUACUUGAAGAUUGCUGUUUCUCUUGGUGUUGCGGCCAUUCCAGAAGGUCUUGCAGUCGUCAUCACUACAUGCCUUGCUCUCGGAACACGAAAGAUGGCUGCCAAGAACGCUGUUGUUCGAAGUCUGCCCUCGGUUGAGACACUUGGAAGCUGCAGCGUUAUUUGCUCUGACAAGACAGGUACACUCACCACGAACCAGAUGAGCGUUAGCAAGGUUGUUUACAUUAGCGAGAACGGAUCCGAUUUGGAGGAAUUCGACGUUGAGGGCACCACCUUUGCCCCCAAGGGUGACAUCAAGCGCAACGGUAAGGUGGUUCAGAACCUGGGCCAAACCUCCAGCACCAUCUGCCAGAUAGCCGAGGUCGCCGCGCUCUGCAAUGAUGCUCGCUUGGCGUAUGACGCACGCGCUGGGAACUUCUCCAUUGUCGGCGAGCCCACUGAAGGCGCUCUUAGAGUUCUAGCCGAGAAGAUUGGACCCUGCGCCCCGGCGAGCUACGACCCUGAAGAGACUCUCCACCAUGCCAGUAGCUACUACGAACAGAAGUUCCCCAGAAUCUCCACCUUCGAGUUCUCCAGAGACCGCAAGAGCAUGUCAGUGCUCGUUCAGAACGGCCAGCAGAAGAAGCUUUUGGUCAAAGGUGCCCCCGAGUCCAUCAUCGAGCGCUGCACACACACUCUAGUUGGUACCGAUGGCAAGCGUGUCCCGGUUGACAGUAGAAUCUACGACCUACUCAUGAAGGAGGUUGUUGAGUACGGCAACCGAGGUCUCCGAGUGAUUGCUCUAGCUGGCAUAGAGGACGUCUCUUCAAAUCCCCUGGUGAACAACGCCAAGUCAACGGCACAAUACGCCCAACUUGAACAAAAUCUUACGCUACUUGGUCUUGUUGGCAUGCUUGAUCCUCCCCGCCCCGAGGUUGCUGGUGCCAUCAGGAAGUGCAAGAAUGCUGGAAUUCGCGUCAUCGUUAUCACUGGAGACAACCGCAACACAGCCGAAAGUAUCUGCCGAUCCAUCGGCGUUUUCGGAGAAUUCGAGGAUAUAAAGGGCAAGAGCUACACGGGCAGAGAAUUCGACAAUCUUAGCCCCAGCGAACAAUUGGAGGCUGCUAAGAAAGCGUCCUUGUUCUCUCGUGUUGAGCCUAGCCACAAGUCCAAGCUCGUUGAUUUGCUCCAGUCCCUGAAUGAAGUCGUGGCCAUGACCGGUGACGGUGUCAAUGACGCCCCGGCGCUCAAGAAGGCCGAUAUUGGCGUUGCUAUGGGUUCAGGUACUGAUGUGGCUAAGCUGGCUGCUGACAUGGUUCUUGCCGAUGACAACUUUGCAACUAUCGAGGUAGCCAUUGAGGAGGGCCGAUCCAUCUACAACAACACUCAGCAGUUUAUCCGAUACCUCAUUUCGUCCAACAUUGGAGAAGUCGUUUCCAUCUUCCUGACCGCUGCCAUUGGCAUGCCUGAGGCUCUUAUCCCAGUGCAACUCCUGUGGGUCAACUUGGUCACUGAUGGUCUUCCUGCUACCGCACUGUCAUUCAACCCUCCCGACCAUGACAUCAUGAAGAGACAGCCGCGAAAGCGUGACGAAGCUCUGAUCGGUGGCUGGUUGUUCUUCCGCUACUUGGUCAUCGGCACAUACGUUGGUCUCGCUACGGUUGCAGGCUAUGCCUGGUGGUUCAUGUACAACUCUGAGGGACCGCAAAUCAGCUUCUGGCAGCUGUCUCAUUUCCACCGCUGCUCAUCCGAUUUCUCAGAAAUUGGAUGCCAGAUGUUCAGCAAUGAUAUGGCCAAGUCGGCAUCCACCGUGUCUUUGUCGAUCCUGGUCGUUAUCGAGAUGCUCAAUGCCAUGAACGCCCUUUCGUCCAGCGAAUCUCUCUUGACGCUGCCUCUGUGGGACAAUAUGAUGCUUGUUUAUGCCAUCACCCUCUCCAUGGCUCUGCACUUUGCCCUCCUCUACACGCCGGUUCUUCAGACUCUCUUUUCCAUCCUGCCCUUGAACUGGAACGAAUGGAAGGCCGUCAUGAUCAUCAGUGCUCCUGUUAUUCUCAUUGAUGAAGUACUAAAGGCUGUUGAGAGACAGUUUUUCGUGCAAAAUACGAAUGACGUAGUCACCGAGACCAAGAAAGAGGCCUAAAGUGGACAUAGAUCUAAGAUUGGUAUAAACUAGAUUAGAGCUGUGAUAAAGCUACUGCUCACAGCUGCGUACGACACGCAGCAUCACAUAGGAGCUUAUAGAUAACAAUAUUAUUUAUUCACGCC